GGUGCCUCAUCUUUGCACACAGCAGAGUCUGGAUUCUCCCCAACACUGACAGCAGGACACAGCAGACUGCUGAGGUCUCCAUGAUGCUCAUUCCUGAUUCUUGGCCCCAGUCUCCUUCUCCUGGCCUACUACUGAUCCUCCUACUGGGAUUCACAGGAGCAGAGUUGCAGGUGAUCCAGCCUGACAGGGUGGUGUCUGUCGCCGCUGGAGAGACGGCCAUGCUGCGCUGCACUAUGACCUCCCUACGCCCUGUGGGGUCCAUCCAGUGGUUCAGGGGGAAAGGACCAAGACAGGAGUCGAUCUUCCAUUUCAAAGAACCCCACAACCCACGCGUCACACCAGUUUCAGAUCCCACACAGAGAGACAACAUGGACUUUUCCAUCCGCAUCAGGAAUGUCACCCCAGCAGACGCGGGCACCUACUACUGUGUGAAGUUCCAGAAGACAGCCACUGAGGGGUCCAAGGAGUUUAAGUCUGGACCAGGCACUGAGCUGUCUGUGAGUGGAACUGCUGCAGAUGAGCUGCAGGUGAUCCAGCCUGACAGGGUGGUGUCUGUGGCCGCUGGAGAGACGGCCAUGCUGCGCUGCACUAUGACCACCCUGCUCCCUGUUGGGCCCAUCCAGUGGUUCAGGGGGAAAGGACCAAGACAGGAGUCAAUCUUCCAUUUCAAAGAAGCCCACAACCCACGCGUCACACCAGUUUCAGAUUUAACACAGAGAGACAACAUGGACUUUUCCAUCCGCAUCAGGAAUGUCACCCCAGCAGACGCGGGCACCUACUACUGUGUGAAGUUCCGGAAGACAGCCACUGAGGGGGACAAGGAGUUUAAGUCUGGACCAGGCACUGAGCUGUCUGUGAGUGGAGCAGCUGUAGAUGGGGAACUGCAGGUGAUACAGCCAUACAGAUUAGUGUCUGUCGCCGCUGAAGAGAUGGUCACACUGCCCUGCACUGUGACCUCCCUGCGCCCUGUGGGACCCAUCCAGUGGUUCAGGGGGAAAGGACAAAGCAGAGAGUUGAUCUUCCAGUUCCAAGAGCCCUACCAUACACGCAUCACACCAGUUUCAGAUGACACACAGAGAGGCAACAUGGACUUUUCCAUCCGCAUCAGGAACGUCACCCAAGCAGACACGGGCACCUACUACUGCGUGAAGUUUGAGAAGACAGCCACUGAGGGAUACAAGGAGUUUAAAUCUGGACCAGGCACUGAGCUGUCUGUGAGUGGAGCCACCACAGAUGAGGAGCUGCAGGUGAUACAGCCAUACAGGGCUGUGUCUGUCGCCGCUGGAGAGACGGCCAUGCUGCGCUGCACUGUGACUGUCCUGCACCCUGUGGGGCCCGUCCAGUGGUUCAGGGGGAAAGGACCAAGCCAGGAGUUGAUCUCCAAUCUCAAAGAACCCCACACUCCACGUGUCACACCAGUUACAGGUGUCAUGUGGAGAUACAGCAUGGACUUUUCCAUCCACCUCAGGAACGUCACCCCAGCAGACGCGGGCACCUACUACUGUGUGAAGUUCCAGAGGACAGCCACUGAGAGGGACAAGGAGUUUAAGUCUGGACCAGGCACCAAGCUGUCUGUGAGUGCUAGACCUUCUCUUCCCGUGGUUUCUGGCCCUGCAGCCAGGGCCACACCUGGACAGACAGUGAGCUUCACCUGCAAGUCCCACGGCUUUUCCCCUCGGAACAUCACCCUGAAGUGGUUCAAAAAUGGGAAGCAGCUCUCUGACUUCCAGACCAGCCUGGACCCCAAGGGAGAGAGUGUCUCUUAUAACAUCUCCAGCACAGCCAAGGUGGUGCUGACCCCCAGGGACGUCCGCUCUCAGGUCAUCUGUGAGGUGGCCCACGUCACCUUGUCUGGGAGCCCUCUCCGUGGGACUGCCGACUUGUCUGACGCCAUCCAAGUGCCAGCCACUUUGACGGUCAGCCAGCAGCCCACGAUGGCAGGGAACCAGGUGAAAGUCACCUGCAUGGCUUCCAACUUCUACCCCUCAAGCCUGCAGCUGGCCUGGAUGGAGAAUGGAAACAUGUCGUUGACCAAAACUGGCUGUGCCCACACCGAGAACAAGGAUGGGACCUACAACCAGAUGAGCUGGCUGCUGGUGAAUGUCUCUGCACACAGGAAGAAGGUGGUGCUCACCUGCCAGGUGGCGCACGAGGGCCAGCCUGCCAUCACUGCCAACCUCAUCCUGGAGGCCUCUGCCCAGCAAAAGGAGCAGGGCGCAGAAACAACCCCUGAUACUAUGUGUUUUAAUCUUGCUGGACUCCUCAUACUUCUGUACCUCAGCUCCAAGGUGGUGUUGGCAGUUGGAGUCUCUGCCAUCUACAUCCACAGGAAAUAAAUGGUUGGGCUGCUUUUCUGCUCCUGAGCUGAAGCUGUGAUACCAGCUCUGAGGACUGACUCAGAACACUGCCU